AUGAAAAGCAUCUGGAAAACAAGAAAGAAGUUUGAGAUUCAGAUGGUGGGUCAAAAUUUAUUCUUGAUAGGUUUUGAGUUGGCUGAUGAUUUGGAGUUGAUUUUGGAGGGUAUGCCUUGGUUUUUUCGCAACAGUGUUAUCCUAUUUGAUAGACUAUGUCAGGCAGUGGACAGAAAUCAAAUUUUACUUACUUCUUCACCGUAUUGGAUGAAAAUUGAUUCGAUUUCUCCAGAGUUUGAUAAGAAAGAUUUAAUGCAUGCAAUCGGAGCCACGUUUGGCAGGGUUCUCAGAUCUGAAACUAAUGAAGAUUCUUGUCGGCUCAAAGUUAAUUUGGAUGUCCGGAGACCACUCCGAAGAGGAAUAUGGGGAAUUGCUGGAAGGAUGGGAGAUGAAUGGGGAGGAGAAGGGGCUGAUGAGGCUCAAAAAGGAUGA